CAUAAAGGGAGUAGAGCUUUUUACACACCUGUGCUCAUCCUGACAUGACAAGUUAAACGUUCAUGCCAAUUAUCAUCAAGCUCUGCUGGAGUAAUUAAUCAAGCGCAGAAUCAACAUUAGCAGUGAACAAGUCUCCUGCGUCCACAGGAAAACACGUAUGCAUCGAUAUAUGGGUCCACUAUUGAUUUACUUUUUUACCAGGAGCCAAUGGCAGCACACAAAGAAACAACUCCUCCGUGGAAAACAACGAUUGUAGUCAGCUCGUCUCUUCAGAACCACGAAACUAGCAGGAUGCUAAGCGCCCAGCAACACCGGAUCAGAUUUUCAGACAGUGUCGAGUCCGGUGUCUUCAUUUUUCCUCUCUCAGGUACUGCGUUUCUGUUGGUUGACCCUGAAGACUUGUCAGAGCCUUUUGAGGAAUCAGGACUCACUGAGAAGAUAAAGAAGUUUGUGCAAGUCCAUCGUAACUGCUUUCUGCUUCUGCUUGCCCCCUUUAAUGGGAAAAGGGAGCUCCAAGUAUUGGCUCUCGUUCAGGACAGAUUCUUUGGUAGCAAUCUUAGGAUCCUGCCUGUAAGAAACGAUGCUGAAAUUGUCAAAGGAAUGCUGGCAAUAGCUAAGGCCACCAGUAAACCACAUGUAGACCGUAUCAGGGAGCGGAUGUGUCUGGCUAGGGCUCACGUCGUUGAACGCAGCCCUGUGUGGGAGAUGCUAAAAGACAAACUGUGAAGCUCAGCAGAUGAUACAACAUGUGUUUUUGUUUGUUUGUUUU